CAGAUAACUCCAUUGACGCCAUGAUUGACUUGUCUUGCAUAAGCGCCCAUCCUAACGAAAGUGUUCAUUCAGUGUAGUCGAAAGAUUCGCACGAUUAAGAAAUGCGUCGAUCGGCAGUGAUAGUUGUUGGACUGUUGGUGAAUGCGGUUUGUGGAUUACCGGCCAAGGAUCAUGUCCAGGAUAAUAACGUUACGGAAAUCCUUCCGGAAAUAUCGGAACUUGAAUUUAAAAAGUUAGCUGAAAGUCUUGGAAUUCCAAUUGACACGUUGCCGGUUUUAAGUGAAUCAGAACGGGCCAUCUUCGCGAAACUCAGUGUUGAAAAUAAGAAAUCUCAAAGAGAAAAGGAGGCGAACCGAACGAAGGAAGAAUCUAAGCAUGAGCUUGAAAUGUACAAAACGUGGACGGAGCGACAAAUCAACGCGCAAGAGGAGCAAUACUUGAAAUACAGAAAGUGGGCAGAAGAACAGUUUGACUCGAUGGAGCGAAAGCUGGAGCAGAUUGAGAAGCGGAAAGAUUUGCGGGAGAAAAUUGUUGGGGAUCAUCGAAAUGGUGAAGGAAACGGAACAGCGGAUGAGAGUCGCAUCGAGCAGAGAGCGCGUCAAAAAAGGGAAAAGGAACGAGAGGCGAAAGAGAAAAGUAAAAGACCGAAGAGAGAGUACGAUGAUAAAAUUGAAUCGCUGGAAGACAAGUUGCAAAAAGCAGAGGAUAAACUUUUGCUACAGAGGGUUGAACAAGAGAAGGAAAAAAAAGACCGGGAACGCGAAGAGAGGAUUCUACUGGACACAGUGGAGCAAGAACGGCAGCAACGCGAGCAGCUGAAAACGGAUCAUGCUCGAGUGAUUCUAUUCAAGAAUGCGGAAUUGAACAAGACACAGGAAUCGUUGAAUCAGGCUCAGGAGCAGUUGUCGUUACAGAAAGAGGAAUGCCGGAUGAGGAUAGAGGAAGAACACAGACGCGCGGAGGAAGAAUUGGAAAGGAAUAAAAUGAUAGCGGAGCGGGAAAAUCAGCAGCUACAAAACAGAAUGUCGCUCGUAAUUGAAUCAAAAAUUGCGGAAUUGGAUAGGAAGCAAAAGUUGUUGUCGCAAGCUGAGCAAAGAUUGGAACAGCGGAGUAAUAAAUACGAAGAAGAGAAACGGGAAGAGAGGCAACGUACCGAUCAAGCGCUGAAAGAAACCAAGAAGACGGAACAACGGAAACGGGAACAGAUGGAACAAGAGCAUGUCAAGGCGACUCGGAUGAUUGAGGAAAAGUUGGAAAAGACGGAGCAGGAGUUGGCGCGGAAGCGGGUGGAAUAUGAGAAGGAGCGGGAAAAUUGGACGCGUGCGGAACAUUUGAUGCGGGAAAACAUGGAAAGCGAACGGCGACAACACGCAAGGCUUAUCAAUGAGUACACUGAACAAGUUCGGACGCUGCGAGGAGAAACCCAGGAAUGCAUCAAGUUCUAUCAAGGAUGUAGAAGGAUUUCUCAUUUUUAGCAAAUUUCUAACCUCGGUUACUUGUCAAAUUCCCUGACAUUACCCGGUUUUCCAAACGCGAAUAGACAUUUUCCCAGGACUCGUUUCAACCUAAUUUCUUAUUAAAAAUUAGACAUUGGAUCAGACAUCAUUGCAAGUUAAGAUAGACCAAUUUUUCUUUCGGUAAAAUUUUGCUUAGACUCAAUGAGAAAAAAAAAACAACCAACAAACACUCAAAUUUUCAGAAACCAACGAAAC